UAAUCCAUUUUUGUAAUUGAAAUUUUGUACCAAAAUUCGCCUUAAAAAACAUUGAUAAAGAUUUUUUGAACAAAAUGGAAGCAGUUCCAAGGCUUCACAUGCUAUGGUUUGCUUUAAAAACAAGUCCCGAAGGAACGUCAUUUGCAAAUUUAAAAAAGUACAUUGCCGAGUGCUAUCAGGAGGAUCCAGAAGCCUACUCGAAGGAUGUCCACGCCCUGGAAGUUCUGCGGAACUCCUCGAUGCGACCGGCAAAGGAUAUGCAAGGAUGCGCCACACUCAAGCGCUACUACUGUCAACUGCAUUCGCUGGCAAAUCGAUUUCCACAAAUUUCCGAACGUGCUGUCUUCACAUUCACCUGGAAGGAUCUCUACCAGAGUAAUGUCAGCGAGGUGACAAAUCUUCGUUUUGAAAUGGCAGCGGUUCUGUUCAACAUCGCCUCGUCGCACACCCAAGUUGGGGCGUCGGUGUCGCGCGGCGAUGUCGAUGGCAUGAAACUCGCCUGCACACAUUUCCAAUGCGCCGCGUGGGCAUUCGGCGAGUUGAGGGAAAAGUACUCCGGUGUUAAUGGAAAUGGCGACUUCAUGACACCCGAGUUGUUGGUCUUUAUGCAGCAAGUGUCGUUCGCCCAGGCUCAGGAGUGCAUUCUGGAGAAAUCACUCAUCGACAACAGGAAGCCGAAUAUUGUGGCCAAAGUGACUGCACAAAUUGUGACUUACUAUGGUGCGGCUUUGGCUGCUCUAUUCACGGGAGGGGAUGAUGGCCCCAUCGGUCAGGUCAUCGACAGCAGUGUCUACAAGCUCUGGAGGAAGUAUGUCAAGUUCAAGAUCGCCUAUUUGACUUGUAUUCUAUUCCUGUAUCAAGGACAGCAGGCUGAAGAGCAACAGAAGAUGGGAGAGAGGUUGACAUUGUAUCAGGCCGCUUGGGAAAAGCUAGAAGAAGCUCGUAAGGAAAGCAAAGGUCUUCCAGAUCAAAAGGAAAUAGUGGAAUCACUCACUUUCACGGCAGACGUGGUCGAAGGCAAACGUAAGAACGCCAAAAACGAAAACGAGUUCAUAUACCACGAACCGGUUCCUGAACUUACCGACAUCACCGCAGUCCAGGGAGCGAAUCUUGUAAACGGCAUCGGUUUCAGUAUUACAGAUCCCGAUAUUGCUGGUGAGGAUAUUUUCGGACGCUUGGUCCCGAUGAAAGCCCACGAGGCAAGCUCCAUGUACAGCGAAGAAAAGGCCAAGAUCCUGCGAGAAAUCGGAGCCAAAAUUGAAAAGUCCGACCUUGAGUUGGCCUCGUACAUGAGUUCCCUGACCUUGGAUAAUUUGAAUAUCAGCGAGGAGAAGGCAAAUAAGAUCCCUCAGGGAAUUGUCGAUCGUUGUGCCUCACUGAGUGCCAACAAAGCCGCCAUUCCGGAUCUCAUUGCAUCGAUGUCGCAUCUGGCUGAGAUUUGUGCCGAGGUGGAGACCAAUUUAAAUGAGAUGAAAUCCAUCCUCAGCGAAGAGGAGUUAAAUGAGAAGCAAUUCGCACAGAGCUCUGGAGUGCAACGACCAAACGGACAUCUGACCGAGUUGACAAGGGAGUUCCAAAAGUACUCGGAGGCGCAUCAGAAGGCCGGCGAAAGCAACGACACUCUGCGAAAGGCCAUGGAACUGCAUGUGAACAACUUAAAGAUUCUGUCGAAGCCUCUGCAGGAGAUCCAAUCGAGUGUGCCCAAGUUGACGGGAGAAUUCAACUCCUCCGAGGUGUUCAAGGACCUGAAACUCAUUCUCAACAAAGUCAAUGAAAUGAAAGCCCAACGUGCUCAAUUCCAUGCCGAUCUCCGAAUUGCAGUGAACAACGAUGACAUCACCACGAAGGUUAUUGCCCACGGCAGUGAUGAAGGCCUCCAGACGCUCUUCGCAAAAGAACUCAAGAAGCACGAUAAACAAAUGGAAUUGAUCGAAGCGAAUCUCAAUGCUCAGACAAAUAUUCUUUCAGCUCUUACAGAAUCCUAUGCAAAGGCUGCGCCGGUUUUGAAGACCCUCUCUGAUGUGAAGCACAAGAAGGACAACUUCUUCUCCUCGCUGGCUGCUUCCUAUGAUGUUUAUGAGGAUUUGCUGGGCAAAAGUGCCAAGGGACUGGAAUUCUAUAAAAAGCUUUCGGGUAAUGUCCAGAAAUUGCUGGCCCGAGUUCGGGCUGCAAAGGAUGUGCAAGACGAAGAUCGCCAGCAGAGGAUGAAGAGUAGUGCUGCGGCUGUGGCACCUCCGUCUUCUUAUAAUGUGCCUUUAGCGACGAACUCUGUCAAAUCCAGCAACACUCCAAAGUUGAAGGACUAUCUGAAGGGAAAGGCGGCAACGGGUGGUGGUAGUGAUGCGAGUGCACCGUAUAUUCCAUCGAUUCGCCCGAAUCCCUUGGGUUCAGAAAAUCCAACUGCUGCAACCUGUGGAACAGCUCCUCCUGCUGCAAACCAGUCUUAUCCAUCUCAGGCAGUCGGUCCAAAUGAACCUCCACCGCCGUAUAGCGUGAAUCAGUAUUACGACCCGACGGGCUUUAGCAACCCAAUUUACCACAACACCCCAGCUCCGCCUUAUGAGGCAAAUGUUUACUAUCAGCAGGGCUAUGCUAUGAACUCGUCGGCAAGUGAACCCAUGGACACAACACCUGCUCAGAGUAACUAUGCUUAUCAGUUACCAGGACAACAACAGGCUCCACAAGGAGCUCCAUAUUCGCAGUAUCCAACGCAGGCAGCUUCGCAGAAUGUGGCUUCAACAGCAGCUCCUGCACAGCAUCAGUAUCCAAUUUCACAAAAUUUGCCAUCGGUAGGAGCUGCAGUAGCGGCUGCCCCCACUGGACUACCACCAUCUUAUCAGACAUACCAACAGCAGAGUGUUGCUUCAGCUGGGAGUACUCCGUCGACAGUAACGUCACAAUCGUUUCAGACCUACCAGCAGCAACAGCAGCAAAGUGCUCCAGUUGUUUCACAGUCAUCUUACCAGCAACAAGCUCAACCUAUGCCAUCUGUCCCUAACAAUCCUCAUCUUUACUCACCUUACUCACAGCAGCAACCUGCAUCCAUCCCACAGAACUCCGCAGCCCCGUAUCAGUACCAACCCCAAGUUGAUCCUCCAGCUGCUGCUACUGCUGCUGCUCCUUCCCAGCCUUCGCAGUACUACCAAAACACUUCAUUCCCCGCUCAGUACAACCCAGAACAAACAUUCCAAGAUCCGGCAUAUGGCUCCGAGACACAGCAACAGCAGCAACAACAGCAACAACAGCAACAGCAGCAACAACAGCAACAACAGCAACAACAGCAACAACAGCAACAACAGCAACAACAGCAACAACAGCAACAACAGCAACAGCAGCAACAACAACAGCAACAGCAAUAUCCUCCGCAACCAGUGCCGGUCCUCCAGGGAACCACUCAGGUGGUCUACAGUGCAAUGGCGGUGUCCCAAGCUAGCAGUACUGGACAUUCGUACUCGACUCAUCCUGGUUACAGCUUCAACGCCAGGUCCGGAUCCUACGAGUAUGGAAGUGGCUACCAAGUUGUCCCAUCGACAGGAUUCUAUGGGCAAUAUACAAGCGCGGUAGGACAGACAGGACAGGUCAACAGUUUUACCACAGAUUCGGGCGGCACAAGCAAAAUAAGUGCCCAGGAUCAAGAUCUUGCUGUUGUAUCUCACACGAAACCUCAAGAACAACCAGCAUCAGGGCAAGCAGGUGCCCCUGGAACAGAUCAGAACAAUUCCAGCUACUACCAUCUCCCGUACGGGUAUCAAUCCAACGAUCAAGCAGCUGCAAAUGCCUUUGGGUAUCCGCCGGUGGAUCUGAAGCACUCAACACCAAUGUACACCCCAUCCCAGGCAACGAUUUACAUGCAAAGUCGACAGGCUAAUUCCACUCAAACCACAACCAGCGAUGAGUACGGUCCUGGAGCUACACCCCCGCCAACGGCCUCAGUCACACCUAAACCUGCAGGCGCUGUUGCCCCAGUUGCUCCUCAACCAGGACCCAAGCCGCCAGCACUUGCUGCUCAACCCAAAAAACCAUCAUCGAACAUCGAUCUCCUCACAGACAUAGAUUUUUCAUCUCCCAUCCUACCUGCUCCAUCUCUACAGCCACUGAUUGCCAGCACAGUUACAAAACCGGAAAAUCCGCCAGAGCAAAAGUCUCCCACUAAGCAACAAGCUGUUCUAGCUCCACAGCCAGCAGCGUCGACCGUUGCGGCUACAUCAUCAUCCCCAAUAGCUUUGGAAUCUCCAAUUGAACGAAAAAUGAGCUGUGAUAACCUCUCGAUCUGCUCGGAUCUAAGCUCCUUGGAUCACAAUCUAGAUUGGGACAAUUCUUCGAUUCGCAGCGAUGGCAGUGGAGUGAAAACCACAUCACCCCCACAAGAUCCAUUCUCCGAUCCCAAGACAUUGAAAUACUUCCACAAGGAAGUCGAACGCUUCGAGAAGACCAUCGAGACUUUGAAUGUCCAAAUGCUGAAUGGCAGCACUCCACUGAAGAGCAAAUGGAAGGAAAUACACGAAUUGUUAAAGAAGGAUUCACCAAAGAAGACAACAGCCAUUGCAAAGCUAUUCCCCGAGAAGAAUCGCUCAAACGACUGCAUUCCAUAUGAUCAUGCUCGAGUGGUCCUGGAGACGAGUACCGAUGAUUAUAUUAAUGCUGCUUAUGUUAAGGACCUUGGGCCAGGAUGUCCCAAUUUCAUCAUAGCCCAGACCCCGCAGCAAAACACUCUCAAUGAUUUCUGGUCAAUGAUAUGGUCACAAAAAACAAGGACUGUCGUGUGUCUACAUACACCUAAUGAGCUCCUUGACCCAUUCUGGCCACAAGAAAUGAAUUCCGAGAUGCAUUUCGAUGAUUUUUCAGUGAAAGUCAUCAAAAUCAAUAAUCUCUCCCACACAACUGAAUUCAAUUUGAAGCUUUCAAUGAAUGGAAGUGAUGCAAUUCUUGAUCUAUCCCUCUUACAAAUCAAAGCUUGGACAAAGAGUUCUCCAACACAAUUGCUUGGAAUUGCCCAAAAUGUCUUGACUGGAAACAAACAACGUUGUGACGAAUUCAAAAGUCAUUCCCCCGUUAUCAUGAAUUGUCUAACAGGAUCUGAGCGCUCGGAACAAAUUGCCGUGGCCAUUUGUGCCAUCCAAGCCACACAGACAAAACGACCUUUGUUGAUAAAUGUCGUUGAUGUUUGGUAUCGCAUUUGCAACCAAAGACAAAAUGCUCUAAAGGAUGCUGAUAGUUUGGAGCUUUCAAUGCAAAUCGUUCUAAGUCAUGCUCACGAAGUUUUAAAUAAACGGGGCAUUAUGACAUCAUACCAAAUGAAAACAGCCCAAACUGUAACUGCAAAGGAUAAAGAAGAAGUCAAGGAUCCUCUCAAUGAGUUGGAUCCAUUAUGGAAACUCAAACAAAAAUAAAUCUAAAUAUUUAUAAAAAUUAACGACAACAACAAAAAGUACACACUGAGUGAACAAAACAGGCUAGACUGUUGUGGGACUGAUUUAGCAUUGUUUUUCUUUUUUGUCUUUUUACAUAAAUUAUAAUACAAAAAAUAAAAUAUAAUAUUAUAAAUAAUUUGUUAACUAAAAAAAAUGAACACUUAUUUGUUAGACGAGAACA